AUUUGAUGAAAAAUCUUUUCAGCUAGAGGAUGGUAGGAACCUGGAAUGCACUGCCUGGGAGGGCCGUAGAGAUGACCACCUAUCAAGUGUGGCAUCCCUGGACUCCAUUUGAGGAUAAUUUUCAAUGGGUUGGAUACGGUCGCAAGUCCCUUCAGAAACGAGAUGGAACAGAGACCAUACAGAUGUCUUCACCAUCAGACCAAGAAGUGGCCCUCUACCUGCAAAAUGACGUCGCAACUGAUGACUGGAAUCUCUUGGAUCUUCUAGGGGACACAGGAAAACUCACUUCUGAGAUGUGCUAUACUUCAGAAGAUGAAUAUGAUAAUACAACAAUCAUACAUAAACCUCAUCCCAUCAAACUCAGCUCUGUUGAUUCCGUAUUUGGGAGAGCUAUCACUAGCAGAGCACCAAGACUUGCAGGGGGCUUUCGUGCUUCGGAAAGCUCAGCUUUUACUGAGAUCAGUGUCGAUUCCCCCAUACCGACUUUAACUGCGCGGUACAAAAUUAAUUUUAUCAUGAUGUUUUAUAGGCAAUUAUUAAGGCUUGUCACCUUGAUUUACACAGCUUAUCAGAAAUGUUUUUACCUGUUACAACAUCAAAUUUGA